GCACGGCGCUGGAGGAGGGAGGGAGGAAAAGGGGGGUGUGGAGGCGGGGCGGCUGUGCCGAGGCGGCGGGUAAAGCGCGGCUCGGCGACACGCCGCCGUGCUGCCUGCCCCGGUGCCGUGCAUGGACAGGGUGCAGGUGCUGAGGGGAAGCCGCCGGCUCGCGCCACUCCGCCGAGCUACCGCGGGAUACAUUAUGUUCUACCAUUGCCUGUGUUCCUGCUUUGUCUGACCUCCUGUGGAUACCAACAGCAAAUGUGAGAUUGAUGAAUGUAUGCUCAACAAGUUUGCUGAUAACACUGAGUGGUGCAGUCGGUACAAUAGAAGGGAGGGAUACCAUCCAGAGGCAGAAGAGGGAGACCUUACUACUAUCAGCUCUCCAGAGAAGGACUAGAAAUUCUGUUUGAUGAAAAGCUGGAUGGGAGCCAGUGGUGUGUUCUCACAGCCUGGAAGGCCAUUGGUAUCCUGGAUGGCAUCUGAAGAGCGGGGGCCAGCAGAGAGAGGGGAGUGAUUGUCCCCCUCUUCUCUACUCUGGUGAGGAACCCCUGGAGUACCAUGUACUGGGACCCUAGGCGUGGUCGAGAAGGAUAUAGAGCUGUUGGAGCAAGUCCAGAGAAGUCCCACAAAGAUGGUCAGAGGUCUGAAGCACCACUCCUAUGAAGAAAUGUUGAGGGAGUUGGAAUUGUUUCUCUUGGAGAGGAGAAGGCUCUGGGGAGAUCUCAUUGCAAUCUUCCAGUACUUGAAAGGAGCUUACAAGCAGAAGGAGGACCAACUUUUUACACAGGCAAAUGUUCUGAACAGAAAUAAAAUGAAAACGAUGGCCUGUCUUACAAUGGCAAAUAUGGAAGGCACAGCAACUGCCACUGUCCACCAGAAUGGUGACAUCCUUGGGAAUACUAGUGCACCCAAGCAGACGGAGCCAUUGCUUCAAGUGUACCUUUAUUAUUCACCUGGGAAGACAGGAGGAGAUUAUCUUCAGUUUCCAGCUGGAGAAUAUGUUGCGGAAGAGAUUUGCACUGUUGCCUGUAAAGCAUGUGGUAUCAUGCCAGUGUAUCAUAAUAUGUUUGCACUCAUGAGUGAAACAGAGAGAGUCUGGUAUCCUCCAAAUCACAUUUUCCACGUAGAUGAAGCAACCAGACUAAUGCUGCUGUACCGGAUAAGGUUUUAUUUUCCUCACUGGUAUUGCAAUGGCACAAGCAGAGCAUAUCGCUAUGGCAUUAUUCGGGGUUCAGAAAGCCCUGUUCUUGAUGAUCUUGUAAUGUCUUACCUAUUUGCACAGUGGCGAGAUGAUUUUUUGGGUGGAUGGAUACAGAUGCCUGUUACUCAUGAAACACAGGAAGAAUGCCUUGGAAUGGCUGUUCUGGAUAUGAUGAGGGUGGCCAAGGAAAAGGACCAAACCCCACUGGCUGUUUACAACUCAGUCAGCUACAAAAUGUUUCUGCCUAAAUGUGUGCGAGCAAAGAUCCAAGAAUACCACAUUUUGACCCGAAAGAGAAUAAGGUACAGGUUCCGUAAAUUCAUACAGCAGUUUGGCCAGUGCAAAGCUACUGCCAGGAACUUGAAACUUAAGUAUCUCAUAAAUUUGGAAACCCUUCAGUCUGCCUUCUAUUCAGAAGUUUUUGAAGUAAAAGAACCUGGUGGAGAUCCUUCUGGAGAAGAAAGUUUUGCAACUAUUGUAAUAACUGGGAAUGGUGGAAUUCAGUGCUCUAGAGGAAAACUUAAAAACUGUGAGACACUGUCAGAGCAGGAUUUACAAACGUAUUGUGAUUUUCCUGAUAUCAUUGAUGUCAGCAUUAAACAAGCAAGUCAAGAAGGUUCCAGUGAGAGGAGAAUUGUCACCAUUCACAAACAAGACAGCAAGAAUCUGGAGGCUGAAUUUCAGUCUUUAAGAGAAGCUCUCUCCUUUGUAUCGUUAAUUGAUGGAUAUUACAGAUUAACUGCAGAUGCCCACCAUUAUCUCUGCAAAGAAGUAGCACCACCAUCAGUGCUUGAAAAUAUCCAAAGCAAUUGCCAUGGACCAAUUUUCAUGGACUUUGCUAUCAGUAAACUGAAGAAGGCAGGCAAUCAGACUGGCUUCUACGUUCUUCGUUGCAGUCCUAAAGAUUUUAAAAAGUACUUCCUCACAUUUGCUAUUGAGCGCGAUAAUGUCACUGACUAUAAACACUGCUUAAUUACGAAGAAUGAGAAUGGGGAAUUUAAUCUUAGUGGAACCAAGAGAAGUUUUGGAAAUCUUAAGGAUCUGUUGACCUGUUAUCAGACAGAAACUGUCCGCUCAGACAGCAUAAUUUUCCAGUUCAUCAAGUGCUGUCCUCCAAAACCAAAAGAUAAAUCAAACCUCCUUGUCUUUAGAAGCAAUAGCGUCUCUGAAGUACCUUCAUCACCAGCAUUGCAGAGGCACAAUGUCAGUCAGAUGGUCUUUCACAAAAUCCGGAAUGAGGACUUGAUUUUUGAAGAGAGUCUUGGACAAGGCACUUUUACAAAGAUUUUCAAAGGUAUAAGGAAAGAAGUGGGAGACUAUGGCCAGCUCCACCAAACUGAAGUUCUUUUAAAGGUUCUGGAUAAAGUGCACAGAAACUACUCUGAGUCCUUCUUUGAGGCAGCAAGUAUGAUGAGCCAGCUUUCUUACAAACAUUUGGUAUUAAAUUAUGGAGUCUGUGUAUGUGGAGAGGAGAAUAUCCUUGUACAAGAAUAUGUGAAAUUUGGAUCUUUGGACACAUAUUUGAAAAAGAACAAAAACGUUAUUAAUAUCUUGUGGAAGCUGGAAGUUGCCAAACAGUUGGCAUUAGCCAUGCAUUUCCUGGAGGAUAAAGGCCUUGUUCAUGGGAAUGUCUGUGCAAAGAACAUCCUCCUUAUCAGGGAGGAGGACAGGAAGUCUGGAAACCUGCCUUUUAUAAAACUGAGUGAUCCUGGCAUCAGUAUCACAGUUUUGCCAAGAGAUAUUCUUCUUGAGAGAAUACCAUGGGUUCCACCUGAAUGUAUUGAGAAUCCCAAACAACUAAGCCUAGCUACAGAUAAGUGGAGUUUUGGUACCACUUUAUGGGAAAUCUGCAGUGGAGGAGACAAACCUCUGAGUGCUCUCGAUUCUUCAAGAAAACUACAGUUUUAUGAAGAUAGACACCAGCUUCCUGCUCCCAAUUGGACAGAGCUAGCAAAUCUUAUAAACAACUGUAUGGAUUAUGAGCCAGACUUCAGGCCGUCAUUUAGGGCAAUUAUACGUGACCUGAAUAGUUUGUUCACUCCUGAUUAUGAGUUAUUGACAGAAAAUGAUAUGUUACCAAAUAUACGAACUGGAGCUCUUGGAUUUUCUGGGGCCUUUGAAGAUCGGGACCCAACACAAUUUGAAGAGAGACAUCUUAAGUUCUUACAGCAACUUGGCAAGGGAAACUUCGGCAGUGUUGAGAUGUGUCGAUAUGACCCCCUGCAGGAUAAUACUGGGGAGGUGGUGGCUGUGAAAAAGCUGCAACAUAGCACGGAAGAGCACCUUAGGGACUUUGAAAGAGAAAUUGAAAUACUUAAAUCUCUGCAGCAUGAUAACAUUGUUAAAUACAAAGGAGUAUGCUACAGUGCAGGUCGCAGAAAUCUGAGAUUAAUUAUGGAAUAUCUACCAUAUGGGAGUUUACGGGAUUAUCUGCAGAAGCACAAAGAGAGGUUGGACCACAAAAAGCUUUUGCUAUAUGCAUCUCAGAUAUGCAAGGGCAUGGAGUAUCUGGGCACAAAAAGAUACGUUCAUCGGGAUUUAGCAACAAGAAAUAUCUUAGUGGAGAAUGAGAACAGAGUUAAAAUCGGAGAUUUUGGAUUGACUAAGGUCUUGCCACAAGAUAAGGAGUACUACAAAGUGAAAGAACCUGGUGAAAGCCCUAUAUUUUGGUAUGCUCCAGAGUCUCUUACGGAGAGCAAAUUUUCUGUGGCUUCAGAUGUAUGGAGUUUUGGUGUGGUCUUGUACGAACUCUUCACUUACAUUGAAAAGAGCAAAAGCCCACCAGCUGAAUUCAUGCGCAUGAUUGGCAAUGAUAAACAAGGGCAGAUGAUUGUGUUUCAUUUGAUAGAGCUUUUGAAGAACAAUGGACGGCUGCCAAGACCAGAUGGAUGCCCUGAUGAGAUUUAUGCUAUCAUGAAAGAAUGUUGGAACAAUAAUGUUUCCCAGCGGCCCACCUUUAGGGAUCUUGCUCAGCGAGUGGAUCAAAUAAGGGACAACAUGGGUGGAUGAGGAAACUGUCCCUCCUUAAGAGGAUAUAUUAGAAUGCAGAACAAAAUGUACUUGGUCUGCUGUGUAUAGUUGACAUAUGUGCACAUGUGCAUCUCUCUUUGCUGGGAGUAAGAUCUGCGUGGCAAAUAUCUUUUAUGAAUCUGCAAACUGAGGAAUCCUGCUGGUUUUCUUUAUCAGGAUAUAUUUGUUACAAUGAGAACAUGUUGAAAUUCUCAAUAGGGAAAGAAAUUAUUUUUCUAAAUGGAAUAAUAUUAAUAUAUGGUCAGUCUACAACACCAUUAUUUGCCUUAUUUGGCAAUGCAAAAAAGAGGUGAAGAAAUAUGAUGAGAUUAAGAAAUAAGACUGUAUUUCUUUGUUGAAAUGGAGAUGUGU